UAUAAGUCAACACUUCGAGCAUCUCAUGAUAAGAUGUGCAUAUCUGGUGUCGAGACAUCAAUUGACGGACCUCACUCGCACUAAUGGAUAAACCUAAAAUGGGAUGUUUUGGGGCAUCAGUUUUCCUUGCUUUAAGCAUUAUAAUGAUGCUGCACCUCAAGUCAGUUCUAGGAGGCAAGAUUUUGGUGGCUCCUACGAGUGGGAUGUGCAGCCAUAUGAUUUCCAGCAUCGAGAUCGCCAAAACUUUGUCCUCGCGAGGGAACGAGGUAUGGGUCGUCAUGAACGAGGAGACCCAUUGCCUGUACGUGCAGGGACGCAUGGAGAUCCCGGACCAGAUCCACUUCGCGCUCUUCAAGACCUCUGUCACCGACAAAGAUGGCGACACGUUCCUCCGGCGGUACGUCUCCAAACAGUUGCGAGACGAGCGCGCCAGCACGGCCCUGCAAUACCGCAUCGAAGCCGAGGAUCGCGAGAUACAAGCACGCCUGGCUGGACGGAAAAUGGACGUCUUCAAGGCGUCCAGUUUCGUCAACGAUGACAUGCUGGGAAACUCCGAACUCAUCGAGAAGCUAAAGACAGUAGGAUUUGAUAUAAUCGUCGGUGAUUUUAUCUCAUGUUAUCAAGUGUUUCUGAGCCAGGUUCUCCAAGUGCCAUACAUUCAUAUUGGUCUGACGCCAAUUGCGCCGUCGCAGCACGACUACUUUGCCCACACGCCGAGCAAUCCAGCCUAUGUUCCCGAGAGAUUCAGUGCGCUCGCCGAUACCAUGACCUUCCGGGAACGUCUUAAAAACACCUUAUUGUACUGGGUCAUGAGUUACACCUACCAAAAGUACAUACUGACGCCAAUGGACGAGGUCCUACUUAAGCGAAACAUCAGGCCCGAUGCCAACUUUGGUCAGCUGCUGUCGGAAGCUAAGCUGUGGAUCUUCAACUCCGACUUCGUCGUGGAUUUUCCACGUCCGCUGAAUCCACAAGUCAAGUUCGUUGGUGGAUUUCUGACUGGUCCCGCCAAACCACUAAACAAGGAGUGGCAGUCGUUUGUUGAUAGCUCGGGCGACCACGGCAUAGUCAUUCUAGCACUGGGAACUCUCAUCAACGAUGAACUGACGGAGCAACAAGCUGAGAACAUCGCCUCCAGUCUGGCUCUACUCUCUCAGAAGGUGGCUUGGAGUUACGGCGGUAAACUACCAAAGACUCUCGGUAACAACACCAAGGUUGUCAAAUGGCUGCCGCAAAACGACCUGCUUGGUCACCCGAAGACCAGAGCUUUUAUUUCCCACGGUGGUCUGAACAGCAUCCAUCAGUGCAUCUACCACGCCGUACCGAUUGUGGGAAUCCCAGUCUUUGGGGAUCAGAAGGAUAACUUUAUUCGUCUCGGCGCCAGAGGAAUGUCCAUCUUACUCGACAUUCGUCGUCUGUCUGAUCGUUCCAUCUACGACGCCACGGUGGAAGUCAUUUAUAACAAAACGUACAAAGAGGCAGUCGAGCGUUACUCAGCGAUCGCUCGCGACCGCGUCAUGUCGAUGACCCCACUGGAAGAGGUCGCUUACUGGGUGGAGUACGCCGUCAAACACGGCACAGAUCAUCUCAAGCCACGCUCCAUGCACCUGUCGUUCGUUCAGAACUACCUGCUGGACGUAAUUGGCGUCACUGCCAUCAUGGCUGCACCCAUAUAUUGGUGCCUUACCAAAAUCUGCUGUGGACUAUUUAGAAAGUUAAGUCCAUAAAUGGGUUCAUAUUUGUAAGACUGAGACAAAUGUAACAAUGAUGAACAGUGGAAAAACGAUGAACAUCGAAGACGGUAUUAUUACUCCCAACAUUUCAGUCAGAAUCGUAGGUUCUGCGUGCACGGGCGUCGCUGAAUUAAUUCAAGUGUGGGGUUGGGACCGGGAGGAGGGGGGACAAUGAAAUUUUCCAAAGACGGGUCCGGGAGGGUGGUUAUGAUAGCCAGGCAUUUCCCCCGUUUAUUUGGCCGCCGCGAAAUCGAAACGCUGGGGAAGGGCGCUUAGGGGUGUAUAGGGAGGAGGAUUUUGACAUUAGCUGACGAAUGGGGGGGGGGGGGCUCUAUUCAAGGCGGACAGGACUGGACGUCUUACAAAAGUUGCCGCUAGGUGGCGCUGUUGAAAGCGGUUUAUUUCCCGACACGAUUUUUGUCGACAGGACAAUAUUAUGCCAGCUAAAAUGACUCACCCCCUCUAGUGACGCCCCUGCCUGCUCGAGAAGAUAAGCUUCGAAUGUUUUAACCGUUGAUUUUCCAGAAAAAUUCAAACGUAGGAUCACCAUAUGCUUAUCUUGUUAUUAAUCAAUUAACGAUAUUAAAUACCGGAUUAUCCGAACAUAAUGCAUAAUGCCAACGAAGCAUUCGAGAAUAUACGGAUUAAAGCUUAAAAAAAAGAGAAUAUUAAUUUAAAGAUGUGAGAUUACAGUUCUUAUUUCUGCACCUUUAAGUGCAUCCUAUCUUCAACUUCAUUUAGGUCAAUAGAGGGCGCUAUACGCGCACCAAGAUGGUACACCGUACAACCAUCCACAAGGAUUAUUAUUGCCAGUUUGUUGAUGCGUGAGCCUGUCAAUAUUAAUAAUUUAGGGGGAUGUUAAUGAAGGCCUGCGGGUAUGAAAAACGUA